CUGUCCGCAGUCUCUGGUCAUCUCCUGUACUGUGUCCGCAGUCUCUGGUCAUCUCCUGUACUGUCUGCAGUCUCUGGUCAUCUCCUGUACUGUCUGUCUCGUCUGGUCAUCCCUGUACUGUCCGCAGUCUCUGGUCAUCUCCUGUACUGUCCGCAGUCUCUGCAUCUCUGGUCAUCUCCUGUACUGUCCGCAGUCUCUGGUCAUCUCCUGUACUAUGUCCGCAGUCUCUGGUCAUCUCCUGUACUGUCCGCAGUCUCUGGUCAUCUCCUGUACUGUGUCCGCAGUCUCUGGUCAUCUCUCUGUACUGUGUCCGCAGUCUCUGGUCAUCUCCUGUACUGUGUCCGCAGUCUCUGGUCAUCUCCUGUACUGUGUUCGCAGUCUCUGGUCAUCUCCUGUACUGUCCGCAGUCUCUGGUCAUCUCCUGUACUGUCUGCAGUCUCUUUUCAUCUCCUCUACUAUGUCCGCAGUCUUUGGUCAUCUCCUGUACUAUAUCCGCAGUCUUUGGUCAUCUCCUGUACCGUGUCCGCAGUCUCUGGUCAUCCCCUGUACUGUCCGCAGUCUCUGGUCAUCUCCUGUACUGUGUCUGCAGUCUCUGGUCAUCUCCUG